AUGUCGGUAAGUCAGCAAGUAAUCAAAGAUAAGCUCCAAGCAUCGAUCGGUGACAUAUACCACAUUAUCAUCACUGAUACCUCAAAUGGCUGUGGUCAAUCAUUUGACGUGAUAGUGGUCAGUGACACCUUCGAAGGUAAGAACAAGUUACAGAGGUGCCGAUUGGUUAAUGGAGCGCUAAAGGAAGAGGUGGCUCAAAUCCACGCCUUUGGUUGCAAGUGCUUCACUACAGCUGAGUGGUCCAAGUUGGUAGUUUAA